AAUUAGGUAGGGCAAAUUUGCGGUCUUUUCUUUUCGAAUACAACGUUCAUAUCUAUUACUAAUGAGCACUUCUGGCCGUACAUGUUCAACUGAGGGCUGUGGCAAACCAGCCACUCUUCAAUGUCCUACUUGUAUCAAAUUGAAGAUUGAAGGAUCUUUUUUCUGUUCUCAAGAUUGUUUCAAAAAGAAUUGGGCCAAACACAAGUUAGUGCAUAAAGCUAAAAUUGAAAGCGAGCCUCACAAUCCCUUCCCCAAUUAUCGCUAUACUGGCCCAUUACAAGCAGUGUAUCCUCUGUCUCCCAGACGUGAGGUUCCUAAGGAAAUUGAGAGACCCGAUUAUGCGGAAUCGAGUAUUCCUAUUUCAGAACAGAUGGCCCGUGGCAAUGCGAUUAGAGUUUUGAACAAAGAGGAAAUAGAGGGUAUGCGUAAAGCCUGUAAGAUCGCUCGUGAAGUCUUGGAUAUUGGUGCUGCUGCUAUCCGUCCUGGAAUCACUACUGACGAGAUUGAUGAAAUUAUCCAUAAUGCUACCAUUGAGCGUGGAGCUUAUCCUUCUCCUUUAAACUAUUAUCAAUUCCCCAAGUCUGUUUGCAUAUCUGUCAAUGAAGUUAUUUGUCACGGUAUCCCUGACAAAUAUGUUUUGAAGGAUGGUGAUAUUGUCAACCUUGAUGUGACAUGUUUCUAUAAGGGUUUCCACGGAGAUAUGAAUGCUACUUACUGUGUCGGUAAUGUAGAUGACAAAGGCAAAGAAUUGAUCGACACAGCAAGAGAAUGUUUAGAAAAAGCUAUUGCUAUGGUCAAACCUGGCAUUAAAUACAGAGAUUUCGGUAGAGUGAUUGAAGAACAUGCCAGAAAGCAUGGUUUCUCGGUUGUGCGCAGUUUCUGUGGACAUGGUAUCAAUCAAUUAUUCCAUACAGCACCCAACGUCCCUCAUUACAACAAUAAUAAGGCUGUUGGUGUGGCAAAGCCUGGUCAUUGCUUUACCAUUGAGCCCAUGAUUUGUGAAGGUCAUUGGAGAGAUGAAAUCUGGCCCGAUAACUGGACAGCCGUUACUUGCGAUGGUAAACGUUCCGCGCAGUUCGAACAUACUCUGUUGGUGACAGAAACCGGCUGUGAAAUCUUGACCAAAUAAUUGAAUAGAUAGAUAGUCCCGUUUUUUUUUAUUUUUUUUUGCAUUCGAUUUGCUAACUGCUGGUAGAUCUGCAGUAGUAAGUAUCAUUAGUCACAUUUUUGAUGAUUUUUCCACCCUUUGCAUUUAUUGUAUAGUGCUACUUCCAUAUCUCAAAAGUAAAAAAACUUAUCUUGUGAUGUUUGUUAUUUUAGUCAUGUCUUUAUAAAAUC